CCUUGCUGUCACAUCGGCGAACAACGCUCCGCAUUGUGCGAACUUCCAUCCGUCGUCUCGUCAAUUUCCCCGACAAUUCCAAGUGAUACUAGCCACGAGGCACCUCUAGACACUCCCACGUGUGAGAUCCCCAUCCUCGCACCUCCCUGCAACCUCCCCGAUCACCAGAGGAAACGUCGCUACGCAUGCCCGUGGCACACAGCACCCCCUGAAAAGGAAGCCACCCGCCGGACGCCCAGCGCGGGAAAAAGCAAAGAGCAGAAAAGAAUUUAAAAAAAAAAAAAAACGGGUAAAGGGAAGAUGUCGUCAAACAACGAUAACAACGACCCCAGCCAGACAACUCAAAACUCCGAGGCCGAAGAUGCGCGCGGCGAGCUGACCGCGCAGCUGGAGGACCUCCUAAAUACUCUCUCCAACAAGUUCGCCGGCGUGUCGAGCGAGAUCUUUGCAAAGAUGGACGAGAUGUCACGGCGACUAGACAAUCUAGAAGCACAGCUGGCCGCAAAGGCCGAGAACAGCGCAGGCUCCAAGUAAUCAUGACUAGAUAGAUGCGCGAGAAUGCGCACUUGUUUCGGCAAACAGAAGGGGUGACAUCAGGGUCACCGGCGUUAUCGAAUUUACUACGGCGCAACACCCCUGGCGGCUGUUUGUACUUCCUCCCUUGUCUUUUUCUCACCUCGCACAGAGGCUGUUAAUCUGGGCCAGAUUUUCGCGUGUCACAAAGACAGCCGGUCACCGCUAGAGUUGUGUGCGCGUGCCCUAUUCUUGUCUUCGGUCCAAAUAAUUCGUUUCAUAAGACGUGAUAUCAACAUCUACAUAUGCCGCAUGGGUAGCCUUUUUCAACCCCGAUGAGCAUCACUGUUCCCAUGAUAUGAUCGCUAGCAUGACCCGAGAUUGCAGUUCCCUUUUAUACCCGAUAACACCAACUAGAACCCC